AUCGCGUUAUCAGAGGAAGACCAGCAAUAGUUCAUUAGCAGGUCAAAGCAGACGCGCAUGUCUAAAUUUAUUACACUACAUAUAGAUUAACUGCUCUCGCACUCUCAUCACAAAUAUUGCAAACGCUAUCUUCACGGAUUUAUAUUGAUCUAAGGUUAGUGAUGCCUAGGGGAAAAACUGUCGCGAGGGGAAAAGGAGUUAAAAGAAGGAGAACAGCACGGGUUACUGAGAAUGACAGGACAGCUGCAUUGUCUCAAACAGAAAAUGAUUUACUGCCGCCACGGACGCAAUUUACAACAUCUAAUGCACCAGGACCAUCUACCACGUUUAACAGUUCAGUGGAUUUACAGAAUAAUGAAGAGUACGUAAUGCCUGCGUAUUCUCAAAACAGCAAUGAACAAGGUACAUUUCAAAAUUUUGAGUCUAAUGUUAAUUCUGUACAUGAAAUUGCCAGCAUCAGCAAUGAUUUGGGUAAUAAUGUUUCUAGCAAUAUCAGACAAAAAAUCUUAAAUGGUGAAUAUAUUGAUCUGGGUUGUUUAUUGUCGAACCCAUUACCUAUUGAUGAUAAUUCUAAUACUUUGAUAAUUAAAGAUGGUGUUCUACAAUCUAAACCAAAAGCAUCAACAGUAAAGAUUAAUAGUAUUAGUCAGUGGACUGAUGCAUUCCUGAUUUUCAUUGAUAUUUACCUGUCAAGUCAUUUGGGAGAGGCAAGAGGGCUUCUGAAAUACAUGAGUAACAUUCGUCUGGGAGCUAGUAGGGCUCCCGGUUUAGGCUGGAAGAGGUAUGACGAGCAGUUCCGUUUAAAAAAAACAAGAAUGCCGUCUUGUAACUGGGGAGCAGUUGAUUUAGAGCUUUGGUUACUUUUUAUGUAUGAUGAUAACGCACAAUCCAAUCAAAACCCUGUAACAAAUGCGUAUAAAUGUUAUGAUUAUAACAAUGGAUCCUGUACUAGGUUUAACUGUCAUUAUUCACAUAGUUGUUUACGUUGUUCAGGUAUUCAACCAUCGGUAAACUGUACACGAUUUCAAGGUGCUCAGACAAAUUUUAAUUUUAGGCGUGGUCCUAGAUUCGCUGCUGGACAACCAAAUAACAGUUCGCAACGAGGCUCGAGUGUUAAUCCAAGGGCAGCUGUCAGAUUCCAGCGACCAGCUUUCAACGGUUCAUUCAAUCGCUAA